AUGGCCUCAGCUGAAAUACAGACUCUGUUGCGAUUUUUAUCACAGGAUGCCAAGCUACCAUUGGCGUCUGCCAUGGGCAAAGUCAUGGAUCUCCAGAAAGCCAACCUAAUAUCCGUGGAGCAAAUUUCAAAAGCAGAACUCAAGUCUCUUCAGGAGAUUUUCAAAGAUGACAAAGUUGCUAAACAGGUGCUGAACGCUGCCAAGAGAGUCUCCAAGAAGCGUCAAGCGCCAACUGGCAAUUCAGACUCGCCACAGAAAAAGGCCAGGGGACCAGCUCGCAUUGAUGCCACACCAUACGAGACUGAAUCGACGCUUUCUUUGCCUAUGUCAUCGGCAUCGGAAGAUGAGCUGUCGCGGAUCAUUCUGUUGACUAACAGGGCACCUCUUGUGCUUGCAUUUGCAGUCUGUGUCUUGAAAUACACGAUGCCAGAGCAGCCAAUCUCCAGCAGACUCAGCCUUGCGCAAGCUGUCGUCAGUGCCAACAGCCGCUCGAAGGCCAUCAGCCUAGGAAUUGGAAGCGGCAAAACCGCUGAGCAAGAAGGUUGGGGUGAAGGCCAUCCUGUGAUCAAAGUCCUAGGGCGAGAGAUCAAGGUUCUGAAACGGUGGGAUUAUAAUCCCCAAGAAGGCAAACCAACAGAAGAACUAAGCUCAGAGCAAGAUGCUGGGAAUGCUGCUGCCGCUUCUGCCGCUUCUGCCGACAUCUUGGGCAAAGGGGAUUCAGAUGGUUCAGACACAUCGCCCCCUCUUUGGGGCGUGGAUCUUGAAGCCCUGAGAAGUGCUCAGGGCAGUGGCCCGAGUCCUGCUACGAAAGGCAGCACAAGUCUUCCAAUCUUCACGCCGAAUUCUGCAAAAUCAUAUCUCUACAGAUCCUUUACUGAAGCGGCCACAGAGACUACGGAGACUGACAUUGGCUCCAGCAAGACGAAACGCAAGUCGGGCAAGCAAUUGGAAGCCGAGAAAGAGACUUGCUUGGCCUACUUGCUGCAAGCUAUUGACCUGGUCUGCCAGUCCUGGGCCAGCACUCUAAGCAAAGAGGAGCUGGAUAGACGUGCUUGGGCCUGGUAUCUUCGCGUGAGACCGGACGUUCAGAGUGGGCCCGGAGGUUGGGGUGAAAAAGGGCAAGUGAAAUUGUCGGAUAUCUUGCUGCAGCCUCACCAAGGAGAGCUUGCCGUCUCCGCUCUGCUUCUGCAGCGCGUGCUGCACUUUCCUCCGCUUCUUCUGUGCUCAGCUUCCCACUCACGCCCCGCUUUCACAGCGGCAGCAGCAGUUGCCUUCUCAGCUUUGGUAUUCUUGGCACGCCGGGCAAAGAGCAAGCUCCCGCUACGCUUCAUCCUGAUCAGGGACCGCAGAGCGCCAGCUGUCCCCAAUCCGAUGGAAGUCUACCUUCCAGACAAGCAAGUGCUUGAACAUGGACAGCCGUUGCCGCCAAAGUCAAGCGCGCCGCAGAGGCCGGAGUGA